AUGGCGCGUUAUGUGCUGUGGUGGGCGGCGGCUGCAGCAGUGUCGGGGCGCGUGAGUGAGGAGGAGAGGCGCGAUGGGGGCGCGGCCGGGGUGAUGCCGCCGCGGCCUGCGGCCGGCCGCGCGGCCAUGGCGGCCGACAACGAUCGCCCGCCGCUCGCUCUGUUCACCGCCGUGUACGACUAUGUCGCUCAGGGAGAGGACGAGCUGUCCCUGCGGCGAGGCGAGAUCGUCGAGGUAUUGUCGAAGGACGCCAACAUCUCCGGCGACGAGGGCUGGUGGACAGGAAAGAUCGGGGACCGCGUUGGCAUAUUCCCCGCCGUGUACGUCACGGAGGAGGAUCCCUUGGCCGUGGAGCCGCCCUGCGUGUCCUUCUCGCAGCUGAAACUGGAGGAGGUCAUUGGUGUGGGCGGCUUUGGGAAAGUGUAUCGCGGUUAUUGGAACGAUGAAGUCGUAGCUGUGAAGGCAGCUCGACAAGACGCAGACGAAGAUAUCGAAGUUAUAAAAGAGAGUGUGCUGCAAGAGGCGAGACUGUUUUGGGUCCUUCAACACGAGAAUAUAGUGUCAUUGAAGGGUGUUUGUUUGGAAGAGCCUAACUUAUGUUUGGUGAUGGAAUAUGCUCGUGGGGGGCCGUUGAACCGUGUGCUUUCUGGUCGGAAAAUUCGACCCGACAUUCUAGUCGAUUGGGCCAUCCAGGUGGCACAGGGAAUGGCUUAUCUGCAUGUUGGCGCUCCAAUGUCCCUAAUACACAGAGACUUGAAGAGUUCUAAUGGUGAGUAUUAA